AUGGUCCGGUCUCUGGAACAUCUCCCAGAAGAGAUACUCCAUUUAAUACUAUGUACCUCGCAUCCUCGUUCCGCCGCCGCUCUAGAACGAACCAGCCACCGAUUUCAAAACGUGACCAACGAACCUCUGUUGUGGCGUCAUUACUGUCAUGUCAAUUACAAAUCAUGGGACAAAAAGCAUAAUAUCUCUCAGAAGCUCUCUGAUCCCGUGUCAUCGGUCGACUGGAAAACCCUCUUUAUUUUGAGAUUUCGCGCCGACCAGUCUGUUUCCCGGCUUCUGGAUAGUAUUCUUGCUAGCCAGACGGGACGCAUUGAGAAAUUUCGCUCUGUCAUUGACUUCGGCUUUGAUGCAAAGGACACUCUUGUCCGCUUUAGCCGGGUGGAACUGGGGGAGGAUCACCUAGCUAGAAGAUACUACGCCCGAGCACUUUUGACCUGCCUUCACCGAAGCAUUGCAAUUCCCGAAUGGGCUAAGGUCAGACUCGGCGAGCCCGUAUCGCUCGAUCGUGCUAUGGCUGCCUUCGAUUUAUUUAUCCCAGAGACUGGCUUUGGGGAAUUGGAUGAGGUUCGGGUCAUUUUGGAUAGGAUCGUCUGUCGCUUUAGGGCGCUUCAUCCCAACAUCGACAGUCUUCGUCCUCGAGCAAAGGCUCUGACUCUUGCGUCCUGGCUGCAGGAGAAUGAUUUUACAGGAAUGGAUCCGGAACGGCAGUAUCAUUCGCUAGAACACAACUUUUUAGGGCUGGCCUUGACGAGUCCUGGGCAUAAUUCCUUGCCGUUGGUUUCGGCCGUGAUAUAUUGCUACGCGGCUCAGAAGUUGCAACUAGAUGCUCGUCCUUGUGGGUUUCCAUUCCAUGUCUACGUGAUGAUUUCUCCUUCAUCAGGCUUUGACAUGAACGGGAAUACAUCUUUCGGUGAACAGCCAAGUACGCCCAUGUAUUUGGAUCAAUUUCGAGGCGCACGAGAAACUCCAGUCUCUGAUCUACGUGAUCAAUUGGUCUUUCUUGGAGCUACGGAUGUUGAGCAAGCGGAAUUUUUGGGAGAAUCACCACUUUCACAAAUCAUUUUGCGCUGCAGCAAAAAUAUACUCAAUUCCAUCCACUCCGUGUCUCACACACCCGAGAGCCAUGGCACUUCGAUUGAUGUGGUGAGUGCAAAAUACGCUGCGUUGUGGUCAUCAAUGCUACUCUCUGGAGAAUCGAGGCCUAUGGACCUCCGGCACCAGUUACCCUGGCUGAUGGAGUUGUUCGCUACCGACUUUCCGUCCGAUAUUUUUUUGAUAGAAAAAUAUAUUGUACCUCUAUUUGAGGGACUCUUUGAACACGAGCAUAUAUUGGAAAGCUUGCAUGUCAUGCGAGCAGUGGACGAGAUUCCCAAACAGGUGCAUCGGCGGUCCGAUGGGAAGAAAGAUAUUCGGUACAAAGUGGGCCAAGUCUUCCGACACCGUCGAUAUCAUUACCGCGCCAUCAUCACUGGCUGGGACUCGGAGUGCGGCGCCGAGGAACAGUGGAUGCGACGAAUGGGAAUUGAUCGCUUACAGGCAGGUCGACAUCAGAGCUUUUACCAUGUCUUGGUUGAAGAUCGAAGUGUACGAUAUGUUGCGGAGGAAAAUAUUGAGCUCAUUUUACCAGAGAUGACCGAUUUACCGCAGAGCUUGACAAUGAUUGCAGGUAAACACUUCAAGCGAUGGGAUGGAACUACCCAUGCUUUUGUUAGUAAUGUACGCGACGAGUAUCCGGAUGAUUAG